AUGCAUGAUUUGCCAAGAAGUUGGAUUUAAGAUGAAUUGUUGGAAAAUUUUUAACCAAUUUGUGGUGAUGGAAUUAUUCAAGGUUAAGAAGAAUGUGAUGAUGGAAAUCAAUUAUCCAAUGAAUCUUGUCAUUAAUGCAAGUAUUAAUGCAUAGACUUUUGUUAAAUAUGUUAAUUUGGAAUUUGUUUGGAAUGUUAAGAUGGAUUUGUUAUUAAUAGUAGUUUUAAUUGUGAUCCUAUAUGUGGGGAUGGUAAAUUAAUUCCUUAUUCAGCUGAAUAAUGUGAACUGACAGUUAAUGGUGUUUAGGAUGGAUGUUAGGAUUGUAGAUUUAUAUAAGUAAAAUUGUAAAAAUAACUACUUAUCAAUUUGCUUAAAGUGUGAAGAAGGAUAUUAAAAUUAAGAAAACAAAUGUUUACCUUAUUGUGGAGAUAAAAUAAUUCUCAAAUAAUAUGAGGAUCGUGAUGAUGGCAAUGAACAACCAUAUGAUGGCUGUUUUCAAUGUAAGUUUUAAUGCAUUGAAGAUUGUAACAUAUGUGAUCGAGGAUAAUGCAUUUUUAAAUGUGAACAUGGAUAUAAAUUUGUUAAUAAUAAUUGUCAAUCAGUUUGUGGUGAUAAAAUUGUCACUAAAGAAGAGUAUUGUGAUGAUGGCAAUUUACAACCUUAAGAUGGUUGUUUUAAUUGCAAGUAUUCUUGCUCAGAAAAUUGUUAUGAUUGCUAUCAAGGUACUUGUUUAGAGUGCAAUAAUUAAUACUAAUUAUUAAUGUCAAAUUAAUUUAUGUAAUAAAUAAAUUGCGGAGAUGGAUUACUUUAGGAAUAAGAAGAGUGUGAUGAUGGAAAUUAUUAAGCAGUGGAUGGAUGCUUUAAUUGUUUAAUUGAAGAAAAUUGGAUAUGCAUUACUAUGACAAUAGACUCUCCUAGCUAAUGUACUUUUGUCAAAGCUCCAAAAUUAAUAAUUAAUUAUCUCAAUAUGACCUAAAAUAAGUAAUACAUAAGAAUAUCAUUUGAUUAAAGAGUAAAGAUAUAAACAACUUAACCCUUAUCAGAAACAAUAAAUCUUCAAUUAUUAAAUAUAGAAGAGAAGAAAUGGAAUAGUAGCUUAUAUAUAUUAUAGGAUGUUGGAUCAAANUUACCUCCUCAUUAAGAUGUAUUAAUAAGGUUUUAUAAAUUUUAUUCUAACAUUAUAAUAGUAGACUAUUUAUAUAGUAAAUAAACAAUUAGUUCUCCCUUCUAAUAAAUAGAAAUAUUAAUUAGAAAUCAUAAAGACAUGAUAUUAUAACUCAUUAUUAAAAGUGAAUAAUCUGAUUAGUUUAGUUAGAUUAGAGAUUUUGAAGUAUUUUACACAUAACCAGAAAAUAUAAUUAAAAAUUUGAAUGAAGGUUGUUUAGAGUAGAUAGAUGAUAGAUGCAUGAUUUGCCAAGAAGUUGGAUUUAAGAUGAAUUGUUGGAAAAUUUUUAACCAAUUUGUGGUGAUGGAAUUAUUCAAGGUUAAGAAGAAUGUGAUGAUGGAAAUCAAUUAUCCAAUGAAUCUUGUCAUUAAUGCAAGUAUUAAUGCAUAGACUUUUGUUAAAUAUGUUAAUUUGGAAUUUGUUUGGAAUGUUAAGAUGGAUUUGUUAUUAAUAGUAGUUUUAAUUGUGAUCCUAUAUGUGGGGAUGGUAAAUUAAUUCCUUAUUCAGCUGAAUAAUGUGAACUGA